CGCGGGCGGCGGGGCGCUCUGGGCGGCCGCUCCGCUCUCUAUGGUGCGAUGGGAGGAGCGGCGGGGCACGGCGGGCGGCUCCGGCCCGGCGGUCCUGGCGCCUUCGGCGAGCACCAUGUCGCCUCCGAAAGAAAAUGUCAGCUUACUGUUCAAGCUGUACUGCCUCACAGUGAUGACCCUGGUGGCUGCCACGUACACGGUCGCGCUGCGGUACACGAGGACAGUGGAGACAGAACUCUACUUUUCAACGACGGCCGUGUGCAUCACUGAAGUUAUCAAGUUGUUCUUGAGUGUGGGCAUCUUGGCUAAAGAAACUGGAAGUCUGGCAAGGUUAAUAGCAUCUUUAAAAGAAAAUGUAUUUGGAAGUCCUACAGAAUUGCUAAAAUUAAGUGUUCCAUCUUUGGUGUAUGCUCUUCAAAACAAUAUGGCGUUUGUGGCUCUUAGCAACUUGGAUGCAGCAGUCUACCAGGUGACGUACCAGUUGAAGAUCCCUUGUACAGCUUUAUGUACAGUCCUGAUGCUGAACCGUACCCUCAGUAAGUUGCAGUGGUUCUCUGUGUUCAUGCUGUGCGGUGGUGUUACCCUUGUUCAGUGGAAACCUGCUCAGGCUACAAAAGUACAGGUGGAGCAGAAUCCAUGGCUAGGGUUCGGAGCGAUUGCUGUGGCUGUAUUGUGUUCAGGAUUUGCAGGAGUUUAUUUUGAGAAGGUCUUAAAGAGUUCAGAUACUUCCUUAUGGGUGAGGAACAUUCAGCUGUACUUAUCUGGGAUUGUAGUGACUUUAGUCGGUGUGUACAUGUCAGACGGAGCCCAAGUUAUGGAGAAAGGGUUUUUCUAUGGCUAUACAUACUACGUCUGGUUUGUCAUCUUUCUUGCCAGCGUAGGUGGCAUCUACACUUCGGUCGUGGUUAAGUACACAGAUAACAUUAUGAAAGGCUUUUCUGCAGCAGCAGCCAUUGUUCUCUCUACUGUGGCAUCAGUCAUCCUCUUUGGCCUCCAGAUAACUGUUACCUUCUCUGUGGGUGCUCUCCUGGUGUGUAUUUCUAUUUACCUCCAUGGAUUACCUCGACAAGACACCACAAAAAUCCAGACCUCAGAGAUUAAGAGCUCAAAAGAGAGACUUGCUACUGUGUGACAUUGUCCAUAAAAAUGGACAAAAGAAAAAACAGACUUUAAAAAAAACUUGACUUUUUUUAAAAAUUAGCCUUAAGCUAGUCAUGAAAUGGUUUAAGUGGGACAGACUAAAAGCAAAAGUUAUAUGUGGAGUUUCCAGUGGUUGAUACUGAGGCUACACUGCAUCUGAGGAGUUGCCUGGUUUUUUUAUGGAAGGUAUUCUUCAUUCACAUCGACAAUGAAGAGUCUCAUUUACAAGGAAAAUUCAAUGAAGGAGCUGAUCACUCAAUUGUAUAUAAUGUUUAUAAUGGAGGCAAAUUGGUCCUUUGUGCAUUUGAUAAACUGUCUUGCCCUUCGAGGGCAGAAAUGCCUGAAAGCUUCAUAAAAAAAACUAUUAAAAAGAGCAAUUACUGCCAGCAUUUUCUCUUAAAAUACUUGGCAACUGUAGUUUGAUUAAUGACAGGAAAAGUUUUUCUUCUAGGUGAUAGGUACGAGACAACACAACUCUACUGGGAAUAAUCAUGCUCUGAGCAUCACUUACCUAGGAGUGAUUAGAGGUAACACAUGCUGUAUAGUUUAUAAAGUCACAGUGAAAGACAAGUGUUUCUAUGAAGUUGUAGAUUUCCUUUCACUUUUCAAAUGUUUUUUAUACCUCCUGUAGCUGGUAGAGGGAUCUUCUAUGUGUUGUACAGGGGAAAGUUUGCAUGUAUUCCUGUAUUUUUGGCUUAAGUAUGAACAAGUCAAAAGAUUUUUGUCAGUACAUUUUCUCUCUAAACAUUUCUGUGCACACAGUGAUGCUUGAAAAGAGUUCCUGUAAUGCA